AUGCCAAUCGAAAAAAUUAAAGCUCGUCAAAUAUUUGAUUCUAGAGGUGAACCUACAUUGGAAGUUGAUCUAAUAACUGACAUUGGCCUUUUGAGAUCUUCAGUACCGUAUAAUCUACCAACAAAUCCAAUUGAAGGCUUUGAUCUUCGAGAUAAUGAUGAUUCAAAAUUCAAUGGACGUACAGUUUUUAAAGCUAUUGAUAAUAUUACCAACAUCAUCGCACCGAAUUUGAUAAAAAGUCGAUUGGAAGUUUGUCAGCAGCAAGAUAUUGACUCGUUUCUGGCAAAAUUGGAUGGGACGGACAAUAAAUCAAAACUUGGUGCAAACGCCAUUUUAGGAGUGUCUAUGGCUUGUUGUAAAGCUGGAGCUAUCAAACGAGGUAUUCCAUUGUACAAAUAUAUCAGUAAUAUGGCAGGAAGCCAACCAGUCAUUCCGGUUCCCAUAUUCAAUGUUAUCAGUGGCGGAAAAUUGGCAGGAAAUCCACUGACAUUUCAAAAAUUUAUGAUUAUGCCUACAGGUGCUAAAUCUUUCAAAGAGGCUAUGCAAAUUGGCACUGAAGUAUACCGAGCUGUAGAAAACCAAAUAGCUGAGAAUGCGGAACUAAAACUUCCGUUAACUGUAGGUGACGAUGGAAGUUUUCAUCCUGAUUUCGAAGAGAAUACAGAAGCAUUAGCUACCGUUGUUGAUGCCAUAAAAGUUACAGGCUAUGAAGAUAAAGUGAAAAUAGCUCUUGACAUAUCAGCAAGUACAUUCUGCAAAGAUGGACAGUAUGAUCUUGAAUAUAAGACAGAAGAAACAGAUCCUGAUGACUAUUUAGAACCUGAAGCUCUACUUGAGCAAUAUCAAGAACUUUUAGGUGAAUUUCCACAAAUAAUAUCUUUAAAAGAUCCAUUUGAUCAAGAAGAUUGGGAUAGCUGGCCCCUGUUAUCAAAUCAAUCAAUUCAGAUUGUAGCGGAUGAUUUGACGGCAAUGAAUAAUGAAAAGGUAGAAGAAGCUAUAGAAAAUGGUGCAGCUAAUUGUUUGGCAAUAAAACUGCCUCAAAUUGGUACAAUAACUGAAGCAAUUGAUUGUUUCAAACUAGCAAAAGCGAGCGGGUGGUCCAGCGUUGUUUGUUCAGGAUAUGGUGAAACUGAAGAUAAUUUUAUUGUUGAUUUUGCGAUCGGAUUGGGAUCAGGACAAUUUGAAGCCGGUGGACUUUGUAGAGGAGAAAGAAUUUCGAAAUACAACCAAAUAUUAAGAAUUGAAGAAGAAUUAGGAAAAGCGGCCAAGUAUGUUGGAGAAAUGUUUAGAAAUCCUUUGGCUUUGACACAAGAAGAGAGUAAUAAUAAUAAUGAUGUUAAUAAAAAGAAAAGCAAAAAAAAGAAGAAAAAAAGUACAUGAAUAUUCAAGAAUUUGUCGAGUGAUUCUUAUAAAACUAGAAAAGUAUUUCAUUAUAUAACGUACCAUCUCCAGUGCAAUAAAAUCCACGGAAUUUAUCAAAAUAAGUAGUUUGGAAGCGCUCAUGAUUAUUAUAAAGUGAUCGCAUCAUUCCAGGCCAAGGCUGCCGGAAGACUAAAUA